AUGUUUCGACAGAUUCAGAUUGCGGAUGCGGACAGGCCGCUCCAAAGCAUAUUGUGGCGUACAGAUACUGGCGAGGAUGCCGGAACGUAUGAGCUAACCACAGUUACUUAUGGUACCAAGCCCGCACCGUUCCUGGCAACAAGGACUCUCAAACAACUUGCUAUGGAUGAGCAAGCACUGUUCCCACUUGCAGCAAGGGCUGUUAGCGAAGACGUUUAUAUGGACGAUAUUUUAACGGGCAUCGACGAUGCGGAGGCAGCAUUGGAGAUGCGGGUCCAAUUGAUGGAAAUGUUAAUGAAAGGCGGAUUUCGGUUAAGGAAAUGGGCAUCUAAUUGUCCAACGGUAUUGCAGGGCAUACCAGAGGAAGACCUAGCAGUGAUAAAAGCAGAUGGAUACGAGCUAUAUCCUGAUCCCGCGAUUCCUGAGCUAAGUCAAGAUGAAAGACUAUCGAAGCGAAAGGUUCUAUCGAUAAUCGCGACAUUGUUCGAUCCUCUAGGCAUGAUUGGAACGGUAAUCACGACUGCUAAGGUGUUUAUGCAGUUGCUGUGGUGUUUGAAGGAUGAAGACGGAAAGAAGCUGGAUUGGGACCAUUGGCUCCCAGCGAGCGCGCUCCGACCAAGGGCAAUUUCGGUAGAACUGCAUUUAUUCUCUGAUGCUUCCGAGCGCGCCUACGGAGCGUGCGCCUAUGUACGAAGCGUGGAUUCAGAGGGAACUGUUUUAGUUGUGUUGCUGACUUCCAAAUCUAAAGUGGCAUCAUUGCAGUGCCAAUCCAUUCCACGACUGGAAUUGUGCGGAGCCCGGAUGGCCGCCGAACUUUCCAACCUGGCUGGAAUCAAGGCAAUUAAAAUGGAAAUAGAGGUAGUUUUUUGGACGGAUUCUACUUGUGUUCUACGAUGGAUUAAGGCAGCACCAUCGACAUGGACGACCUUUGUCGCUAAUCGUGUAGCGAAGAUUCAAACACUCACCGAAAAUAAAACCUGGCGGUACGUUCCAGGCACUGAAAAUCCUGCGGACUUGAUUUCAAGGGGAAUCAACCCAGAGCAAAUACAAAACAACAUACUAUGGUGGGAAGGACCCACUUGGCUCAAGGCUGAGAAGGAGCUCUGGCCGAAAGAUAUUGCUGAACCGAUUGCAGAGGAGGCAGCAAAGGAGGCUCGUCGUACAGCGGCACAUUGCAUAAGUCAGCAGGAAGAAUUCGGUGAUUGGUAUGUGAGAAAAUUUUCUUCAUUCUCGACAAUGAUAAGGAGUACUGCAUGGUGGUUCCGACUAAUGGACCAUCUCAAAGGAGAGGGACUAGCUAAGCGGAAUAGCAGCUUUCUAAAAACCACAAAGUUAAAAUUGGCAGAGCAGGCGAUAAUUCGACGAGUGCAGCGAGAAGUUUUCAACGGCGAAUGGAAAGGCUUAUCAAGCGAUUCUAUAGUAGCGCGCAGUUCACCGUUACGCUGGUUCAAUCCACAAAUAUCAGGCGAGCGGUUGAUACGAGUUGGAGGACGAUUGGCUAAUGCUACGAACAGUGGGGAAGCAAAACAUCCGCUCGUACUUCCAGCGAGACACCCAUUUACUUUUGGAGCAUUACCACCGCAAGCUUCUACACGCCGGGCCAUGGGAGGCCGAGCUGUAGCCCGACAGGUAGUGCAUCAAUGUCAACGUUGUUUUCGAGCGAAACCACAGCCGGUUCAGCAGCUGAUGGGCGAAUUACCGGCAGUUCGAGUGACAGCCGCGCGGCCGUUCUCCAGAACUGGAGUUGAUUAUUUUGGGCCAAUCUAUGUUCGACCAGGCCGUAAAUGGAUACGUGGCAGUAUUUAUUUGUAUGUGCACCAAGGCGGUGCAUUUGGGGUUGGUGACGGAUUUAUCUACGGAAUGCUUCUUGAAGGCGUUAUGCAGAUUCAUCGCGAGAAGAGGUAUAUGUUCGGACAUUUUUUCGGACAAUGGCACAAAUUUCGUAGGGGCACGAAGCCGGCUGAACGCCCUAUUCGAUUUGCUACGCAAUAA